UGUCUUAAUUAUUAAUAUAUUAAUUAUUAUUCAUAAUCCAAUCUCUUCUCAUAGAUUCUCUCAUUUUCUCUUUCCUUUUUUCUCGAGCAUAAAUACCCCAUCAUAACCACUUCUCCAAUACUACAACAACUUAAUUUUCCCUCUCAUUUUCUCUCUAACCAAACACACUAUAUUAUAUAUAUAUAUAUAACAAUAAAUAUAUAUUACUACUUUUAUUAUAACAAUAAUGGUAUUGGCCACUCCAAACCCAAUUCUUAGAGGAGAGAAAAUAGAUUCAAAUAUUGAGCUUCCAACCAUUGAUCUGAUGGGAGAGAGAAAAAAAGUUUGUAAAGAGAUAGUUAAGGCUUGUGAAGAGUUUGGGUUUUUUAAGGUUAUAAACCAUGGUGUACCAGUUGAUGUCAUAUCAAAAAUGGAAGAAGAAAGCCUUAGCUUCUUUUCAAAAUCAGAGGCACAAAAGAAACAAGCUGGCCCAGCUAACCCUUAUGGCUAUGGAAGCAAGACCAUUGGAUUUAAUGGUGAUAUGGGUGAAGUUGAGUACAUUCUCCUUAACACCAACCCUAACACCAUUGCUCACUAUUCUAAUACCAUCUCCAAUAACAACCCUACUAAAUUCAGGUGUGCAGUGAAUUGGUACAUUGAAGCAGUUAAGAGAUUGGCAUGUGAGAUAUUGGAUCUGAUGGCUAAUGGGCUUAGUGUGUCAGACACAAAUUUGUUCAGUAGACUCAUCAAGGACUCUGACAAUGACUCUCUAUUCAGGCUCAAUCACUACCCCAACACUAAGGACAUGGACACCUCAUCACCCACACCUCCACCUCCUAUGGACGUGGCUCACUACAAAGUUGGUUUUGGUGAGCAUUCUGACCCUCAGAUCUUGACCCUUUUGAGAUCCAACGAUGUGGGUGGUCUUCAGAUAUCUCUAGAGGAUAAGGUGUGGGUCCCGGUCCCACCUGACCCCUUUGCCUUUUGGGUUAAUGUGGGUGACGUCUUACAGGCCUUGACCAAUGGAAGAUUUUUAAGUGUGAGACAUAGAGCUUUGGUAACAAAUAAUAAUAACAACAACAAGACUAGAAUGUCAAUGGCUUACUUUGCGGCUCCUCCACUAAAUGCUUGGGUUAGUGCCCCAAAAGAAGUGGUCACACAUGAGAAGCCUCGUUUAUAUAGGCCAUUCACUUGGGCUGAAUAUAAAAGGACUACUUACUCUUUACGCCUUGGUGAUAGUAGACUUAAUCUUUUCAAAUCUAAUACAUAAUAUAAUAGUAAUAUUUUUACUAAUUACCUUAAUAUUAUUAUGUUAUAAGACUCUUUUUAUAGUAGUUAAAUUCAUGUUUUGUGUUGUUUUUAGUUGGAGAGUUAAAUCUUAUGUUUGCUGAUGAUAUUUUUUCUUCUUUUCUUUUUUCUACUAAAAGACUUUUUAUGUGUGUGAUGAAACAAUCACGUACCCUUAAUUCUCACUUUUAUGCAACUAACAAUGUAGAUAAGAUGGCAU